CGACUCCUCCACCGGAAACGAUGGCAAGCCUUUACAGGGGGCAAUCUAGGAGGGAGAAACCUAAAGGGCGCCAUCAUGGUUUAACUCAACAGAAGAGGCAAGAGAUAAAGGAAGCAUUUGAGCUAUUUGAUACUGAUGGCUCAGGUACCAUUGACGCCAAAGAGUUGAAUGUUGCAAUGAGAUCCUUGGGAUUUGAGAUGACAGAUGAGCAAAUCAAUCAAAUGAUUGCAGAUGUCGACAAGGAUGGCAGUGGUGCAAUUGAUUUUGAUGAAUUUGUGCACAUGAUGAAUGCCAAGAUUGGAGAAAGGGAUACCAAGGAGGAGCUCAUGAAAGCUUUUCGCAUAAUUGACCAAGAUAAUAAUGGAAAGAUAUCUGCUAGUGAUAUUCAGCGUAUUGCAAAGGAUUUGGGUGAGAAGUUUAGCGACAGAGAGAUUCAAAAUAUGAUUGAUGAAGCAGACCUUGAUCGUGAUGGUGAAAUCAAUGCUGAUGAGUUCAUCAGGGUGAUGGGGAAAACUUCAUAUGGGUUUUAAAUCUUUGAUGUUGAAGGUCCUUGUACGUAGUCGGUAAUCAUCGUUGCACGCUUUUUCUGUAGUACCUGGCACCGGAAAGCUUGACAGAACGCUAUUUCGUGGAUUUUUUAUGUUGCCUAAUUUAGUUUGACAUUUCCAUCUAUGGGGAUUGGGUUGUUAUUGUCCUGUUAUUGUAUUCUCUUUAUAGGACUUAAUGAUGGAAAGCCUGUUUGGGACAUACUCUUUAUUGCAAUACACUGAUUUUAGAUGUAUAAGCAAGUUUUAUUUUAUCUGUAUCUAAUGAAAGAUAAGAGUUGCUUUGUCAUUGUAUAACAAUUUAUUCUUGCAAUCGAUUCCUUCUUGGUGGAAGCCAUGCCA